AUGAUGACGGUGUAUGCCUUAAAGUCUAUAUAUUAUUUUCUUUCUCAUUACAUUCGGAUAUCUAUCUAUCUAUCUAUCUAUCUAUCUAUCUAUCUAUCUAUCUAUGUCCUUAUCUCUCUAUAUCAGUAUGUCUUUUAUCUCUUUAUCUAUCUAUCUAUCUAUCUAUCUAUCUAUCUAUCUAUCUAUCUAUCUAUGUUCUUAUCUACUUAUAUGUCUAUCUCUCUAACUCACUAUAUUCUUAUCUAUCUAUAUCAGUAUGUCUUUUAUCUAUCUAUCUAUCUAUCUAUCUAUCUAUCUAUCUAUGUUCUUAUCUACCUAUCUAUCUCUCUAACACACUAUGUUCUUAUCUAUCUAUAUCAGUAUGUCUUCUAUCUAUCUAUCUAUCUAUCUAUCUAUCUAUCUAUCUAUCUAUUCAUCUAUCUAUCUACUCGACCCUCCCAUCGAAUUCGACCUAUGAAGUUAUCUAUCUAUCUAUCUAUCUAUCUAUCUAUCUAUCUAUCUAUCUAUCUAUCUAUCUCAGUCUCUUCAUUAUCUAUCUAUCUAUCUAUCUAUCUAUCUCAGUCUGGUCAUAUCUAUAUAUCUAAGCCUGUUUAUAUCUAUAUAUCUAUGUAUCUCUGUAUGUAUGUAUGCAUCUUUUUUAAACAUUUUUACAUCUAUCUAUCUAUCUAUCUAUCUAUCUCUCUUCAUUAUCUAUCUAUCUAUCUCAGUCUGUUCAUAUCUAUCUAUCUAUCUAUCUAUCUAUCUAUCUAUCUAUCUAUCUAUCUAUCUAUCUAUCUCAUUCUGUUCUAUCUCAUCUAUCUAUCUAUCUAUCUAUCUAUCUAUCUCAGCCUGUUCAUAUCUAUCUAUCUAUCUAUCUAUCUAUCUAUCUAUCUAUCUAUCUAUCUCAGCCUGUUCAUAUCUAUCUAUCUAUCUUUCUAUCUAAGCCUGUUUAUAUCUAUAUAUCUAUGUAUCUCUGUAUGUAUCUAUCUUUCUAAACCUGUUUACAUCUAUCUAUCUAUCUAUCUAUCUAUCUAUCUAUCUAUCUAUCUAUCUAAGCCUGUUCAUAUCUAUAUAUCUAUGUAUCUCUGUAUGUAUGUAUGUAUCAUUCUAAACAUUUUUACAUCUAUCUAUCUAUCUAACUAUCUAUCUAUGUCUUUUUAUAUCUAUCUAUCUAUCUAUCUAUCUAUCUAUCUAUCUAUCUAUCUAUCUAUCUAUCUAUCUCAGUCUUUUUAUAUCUAUCUAUCUAUCUAUCUAUCUAUCUAUCUAUCUAUCUAUCUAUACAGUUUCUUCAUAUCUAUCUAUCUAUCUAUCUAUCUAUCUAUCUAUCUAUCUAUCUUUAUUUAG